GAACCCGCCAAUCACAAACGCCUACAUCAGCGUGUUUAAAAUUUACUAGUUCAACGGACGUUUAUCCGUUAGUUAAAGAAUCCGGUUGAACCGGACACAAAAAGACAAAAACGUCAAACGCACCUUACACUAUUCUUCUUCCCAUACUUUCCUCCGCCAACCCCUAGCCCAGAAGCAUCCACCUGCGACCGACAAUCUCACUGAACACAGAAGCCACUGGAGGCGGCACGAAAUCAAGUUGAUGCGUUCUCUUCUUCCUCCUCCUCCUCUUCUUCAUCUUUUUCUUGACAAGAUGACCGUCUUUGCCGCCAUGAACGCAAGAAUCAUGGGUUCUGGCAAAGAAACUGUCAUUCUUGCACAUGGGUAUGGAGGAGAUCAGUCUGUAUGGAACAGAAUCCUUCCAUACCUAGCUCAACGUUGCUGUGUCUUAGUCUUCGACUGGUGCUUUUUCAGGCGCCGUGGCCCAUCUCAACCUCUUCGACCCUGAUAGAUAUUCUUCAUUUGAUGCUUUUGCCAACGAUCUCAUUGCUCAGAUACAGGAGCUGAACUUGAGCUCCUUUGUAUUUAUUGGGCACUCUGUGUCAGGUAUGAUAGGAUGUGUUGCGUCCACUAAAAGACCCGAUCUAUUCAAGAGGUUAAUACUUCUUGGAGCUUCUCCCAGGUAAAUAUCCUCUCGCUCACUCUCUCUCUCAGAUUAAGUUUUUUUUUUCUAUUUGUGUUGAUAUUAGUUACUUGAAUGCACAAGACUAUGAAGGAGGAUUCGAGAGAUCAGUUGUUGAGCAAAUGUUCAUGACCAUAGAGUCCAACUUCAGCUCUUGGGUUCCAAAAUCCGCCCGUCUUCUCAUAGAUGAAGAACACCCUCUGGCCUUGGAGAAGUAUGAGAAAUGUUUGGGAAGAAUGAGGCCAGAAAUUGCGCUUUCAUUGGCUAAAACCAUCUUCUUGAGCGAUGUACGAGAUGUGCUGGAGUGGGUUCAGGUCCCAUGCACCAUCGUUCAGACUUCGCACGACUCUGUAAUUCCGAUAUCCGUCGCUCGCUACAUGCAGAGCAAGAUCAAGGGCGAAUCGACACCGGAAAUCAUUGAAAACGAUGGGCACUACCCGCAGCUAACGGCCCCUUGUUGCUGCUUGAUGUUGCUGCCUGUUGGUAGAGUCAUCGGCGUUAGUUUUGAUGACAAGACUGAGCUACUAUUUCCGGCAGCCGACGGCACCUCUGUUGCUGCUUGAUGUUGUUGGUAGAGUCAUCGGCGUUGGUUUUGAUGACAAGACUGAGCUAUCAUUUCCGACAGCCGACGGCCCCUCUGUUGCUGCUUGAUGUUGUUGGUAGAAUCAUCGGCGUUGGUUUUAAUUCUUCUUCUUAUGUUUUUGUGUCCGUUCAACUGGAUUCUUUAACUAACGUCCGUUAAAGUUAAUAAAUUUUAAACACGCCAACAUGUGUGUGUGAUUGGCGGGUUCAUGCGUCCAGUGCACAGAACGCCGACUCCUUGAAAUAUUGUACUAUAUUGUCAGAAUAUUCUGGCAACCAUUACCCUCGCUUAGGCUUGAAACACUUGUUUAGGUAUUCAUUGAACGUCUUUAUUAUAUUAUAGACGUCAUCAUAAUACAUUACG